CUACAACAGCCUGAGAACGCUGAGCCCCGCGGACUUUGCUGGGCUGGAGAACCUGGAGCUGCUGAUGCUGCACAGCAACGASAUCAGCACCAUCCCCGAGAGGGUGUUCGGCGAUCUGCGUUCCCUGCAGGUGUUAAAAAUGAGCUACAACAAGGUCAGAGUGCUCCAGCAGGACGUGUUUCASGGCCUGAGCAGCUUGGUGCGGCUGCACAUGGACCACAAUCAAAUCGAAUUUGUGCAUCCCUAUGUUUUCCAUGGACUCACCUCCUUGAGAUGGGUGCACCUGGAUGGGAAUCUCCUUCAGCAGCUGCACCCGGACACUUUUGUCACCUUGCACUACAGUCAGAUAUUUCAGAUCUCCUUCCUGAGGCACAUCUCCCUGGCUGACAACGCUCUGACCUCGCUCCCAGCAGAAAUGUUUUCCUACAUGGCAGAGCUCGAGAGCCUUUACCUGCACGGGAACCCGUGGAGCUGCGACUGCAGCCUGCGGGGAUUUGCAGAGUGGGCUCGGGACAGACCAGAUGUUCUCAAGUGCAGAAAAGAGAGAAUCUCCGGUGCCCAGCAAUGCCCGGUCUGUGCCAGUCCCAAAAACCACAAUGGGAAAAGUGUAGCGGAUCUCCCUCCCGCAUCUCUCACCUGCUUCAAGCCCGUCAUUGACGACUCCCUGAAAUCCAGGAACCUGACGCUGCCGGACGAUGGGGAUUUUUUGGGUUUYGCGUCUCCCAGGGAUUUCCUGGCUCCCAUAGGAUCUGUGGUUUUGAACGUGACYGACCAAGCGGGCAACCGMGGCMACCUGGYUUGCCAGGUCCAGAAACCGAGAGARACCUCUCCUGCCUCAUUUSAGCAGGAAGGCAGCAGCACYGUGCUCAAAAGCUCCUUCUCAGCGUUCCUGGUGUGCGGAAUUGGUGACGGGGACAUCCAGCAGCUCUGGAGCAUCCUGGCGCUGUACAGCACCUCUCCCGUGAAACUGGAGAGAACCACGGAUGGCGCAGCUUCGGGCAGGCACAGAUACAAACAGAUCCACCCAGAGAAGGAUGAGCUCUUCACCAAUAUCGAGGCUGAGCUGCGAGCCGAGCCGGGCUGGCUGGCACAGAACAGAGUGACCCUGCAGCUGGACAGGACGGCCACCACGCUGAGCGCGCUGCACCUCCGCUACUCCGCCGAUGUGCAGAUCAGGCUGCCCGGUGACAGCACGGCCCCGGUGACCAAGGACUGGGUCACCAUCUCCAGGGACAGCAGCACGCCCAGGGAGCACACGGUGCUGGUGGGGGACRGCGUGGAGCUGGGGUGCCGGGCCAGGGGACACCCCGCACCCACCACCGAGUGGGUCCUGUCCGACGGCAGCCGAGCGCGGGCGCCGCACGUCAGCGAGGACGGGAGGAYGGCGGUGCUGGGCAGCGGGAGCCUCACCCUGCGCUCGGCAGACACCUUCGACUCGGGGCUGUACCGCUGUGUGGUCACCAACGGCCGCGACACCGCCGCGCUGGCGCUCCGGGUCACCGUGCUGGAGCCGCGCCUGGAGCGCCGCGAUGUGAACGGAGCGCGGCUCUGGGCUGCUCCGGGCAGCACUCUGCACCUCCCCUGCACCGCCACGGCCGCUCCCGACCCUGCCUUCACAUGGGUGCUGCCUGAGGGGUCAAUCCUCCGCCRCUCUGCGGGGAACAARGAGGUUCUUGCCAACGGCACCCUGAGRAUUCGCGGGGUGAGCGAGCGGGACRCSGGCUUCUUCCGAUGCGUGGCRGCCAACCCGUACGGUGCYGACCUGCUGGUGUUCCAGGUGAUGGUCAGGAGGGGUGGAACUGCUGCCAGGAGAAAGCAGGGGGCUGAGGGAGAUGGGGAAGAGGGCUCUGGAGGUGCAGGGCUGGGCUCUGCCGCGGCACGGAGCCGAACCUCAGACACCCCCAGAGCUCACGGGGAGCCCAGCAGCCGGGGCGCCCGUCAAAGGAACGGCCACGGGAACACCCCUCACCAGCCCUACAGCGACAGGACGGGCUGGCAGCUCAGGGGACAGCGCAGACAGUUUGUGUCCUCGGGCAGGAGAGCCGAUCCGCAGCGCUGGGCAGCCUUGGUGGAGAAAACGCGGAGGAACCGCACGGCCACGGACAGAGGAGGAGAUGGGACAGCAGAACCGCCCGUUCAUGUCCAAAAGAUCUCAGAGGCACCCGAGGAUGGGGAGGAGACAUCUGGGGAUCUCAUAUCUCCRGAGGAAUUCAUGAUUCCAGCAACAGAGAGAUCGCCGGGGUUUGCUCUGGGGACAGCGACAGAGCUCACGGUCACUGCAGGGCCCCAGGAGCCCCCAAAUCGGGGUGGGAAAAUCCCCCUCCUGCUCGCAGAAACAUUGACCCCUCUACCCUCUCCUCCUGCGGCAUCGGGCAGCGGAAAGCCUCAAACAAAACCUACAGUGAGGUGGGAAAGAUCUGGCGGGAGUCAAGUGUCAGGAAAUGGUGCAAAACAAACAAGUGAAGCAAGUGGGACAGCCACACUCUCCCCUGCUGUGCAAAGGGCGAUAUAUUCUGAGGAAAGCAAUAACCAGAAUCUGAAAUUUGUGACACCUACGACACGAGCAGCAGGCACUGGCGAGGCUGGAACACCCCAAAACUCAGCAGACAAUUCACGUAUUUUCACUGAGGCUGUUGCUGAGGUUUCCACCACAGCAGAGCAGCAGGUCCCCGUGGUGACAGUCAGCACACAAAGCCCUGAGUCUGGCCCCGUUUAUUUUCAUGGUGCUCAGAGAGGAGGAACCCCAAAGCCACCACCGGCCUCGACUGUCCCUUCCCAUCAGCAAACCCGGCUUUUCCAGCACAUCCCAACUCAGCCGCCCCAGCUCCAGCAGCGCCGCGGGAGACGAAGGAAAAUUUCAGGGCGAAGACGAAUUGUUAGACCAGGACGUGUCCCRGGUGUGAGGCCGACAGUUAUUGCUCCUAAAACUGACCCCAAAAUCACCAAAUCKAAAAUAUUCCGAGGGGGAGGAAGGMGAGGCCAGAGGAGGAAGAGGCCUCCCAAAACUGCUGCCCCACAGCGUGUGACUGCAGCCACCCCUGCMGGGAGCAGAGCCACCCCCACGGUGACAGCAGUGACACCGCCAGCGGUGUCCCCAAACCCUGCAGAGCCUCCCCCUGGCAGGGUCAGCGCCAUCCCCAUGACCAAAGCCCCGUCCCUGCGUGUCCCUGCCACCCCCGGGGCACCUCAGCCCGGGAGCACGGCGGCCACAGAGCCGCUGGUCACCCAAGCACCACUGACCGCCAGGACAGUGACCGCCAGGACAGUGACCGCCAGGACAGUGACCGCCAGGACAGUGACCACACCGCGGGCACCACUGACCGCACCCCCGCGGGAAAGGGACACGGACAGCUCCGGCCACGGCGGGUCUGGAAGGACACAACAACAUCGAGACCCCACCACCACCACCCCCAACCCCGUCAGCUCGGGCUCUGCGAGCGGAGAUCGUUUUUCAAAGCCCAGAAUAGUCGGGGGAAAUUUGGCUGCUUUCACUCUGCUGGCGGAUUCCGAUGCUUUCAUUCCUUGUGAGGCCACCGGGAACCCCCCUCCGGUCAUAGAGUGGACCAAGGUGCCGUCAGGCUCCGACACUCCGGGACACGGCGGCGCUGGCCGGUGGCUGGUGCUGGCCAACGGGACUCUGUCCAUCCCGCGGGCAGGGCCGCAGGACAGCGGGCAGUACCGGUGCACGGCGGCCAACGCGCACGGCUCGGCUCGGCUCCUGGUCACCCUGGCCGUGCUGGCCAUCCCUCCCCGCGUGGCCGGCGGCCCCCAGCGCCUGCUGACCGCUCAUUCGGGCAGCAGCGUGGCCGUGCCGUGCCGGGCCGAGGGCAGACCCGCUCCCAGCAUCUCCUGGCUCCUGGCGAACGGGACGCGCCUCUCCCGCUCCUCCUCCUCCUCCUCCUCCUGGGGAAAGCAGCGGGCCGGCGUGGAGCCGGACGGCACUCUGGUCAUCCGAGCGGUCAGCGUGUUCGACCGCGGGCUCUACACGUGCCUGGCCCAAAACGCCGCGGGCACCGCCGCCGUGGCCGUGCGGCUGCAGGUGGUGGCGGCCCCUCCGAGCAUCCUGGAGGAGCGGAGGCAGAGCGUGCUGGCAGCGGCGGGGCAGAGCCUGGAGCUGCCCUGCACGGCGCAAGGAAAGCCYGAGCCCGCGGUGCACUGGGUGCUCCCCGACGGGGCCGUGCUGACCCCGCUGCGGCCGCCGCGCUCGGGGCUCUCGGUGCUCCCGGACGGAACUUUGCGCCUGGGCAGCAUCGCUCCUGCCCACAGCGGCACCUACGAGUGCAUCGCCACCAGCUCCACGGGCUCCGACAGGAGGGUGGUCAUCCUGGCCGUGCAGCGCCGAGACGCGCUGCCCAAAAUCGCCGCCGCCUCUGCGGAGCUGACUCGGCUGAGAUUUGGGGAGAGGCUGCUCCUGAACUGCACGGCCAGCGGGGACCCCGAACCCAGGAUUAUCUGGAGGCUGCCCUCCAGGGCCGUGGUGGACCAGUGGCACAGGAUGGGAAGUCGGAUCCACGUCUACCCCAACGGAUCGCUGGCCAUCGAGGCAGUGACGGACAAGGACGCGGGCGAUUAUGUGUGCGUGGCGAGGAACAGAGYGGGGGACGAUGUGGCGCUGAUGAGGGUCGGCAUGGCGAUGGAACCCGCCAAGAUCGAGCACGGGCAGCAGCUCCGGACGCGAGUGCCCUACGGGGAGGAUUUUCGGGCGGACUGCAAGGCCUCGGGGUGGCCCGUGCCGCGGGUGUCCUGGGCUCUGCCGGACGGGACGCGGCUCAGCAGCGCGGGGSACAGCGGGCWCAGCUCCAGCGGGUUCCUCCUGUUSRAUAACGGCACGCUGCUCCUCCGCAGAGCCGGCCUGGCACACGCGGGACUCUACACGUGCUAUGCCCACAACGCUCUGGGCAGCGCCGAGAUGCGGAUCCAGCUCACGGUGGUGGCGGCGGCGCCGCGGAUAAAGCACAAAGAUAAAACAUUGUGGCUCACGGUGACAGCCGGGGACGCGGCGCUGCUGGACUGCGAGGCGGACGGAGAGCCCCGGCCGCGGAUUUCGUGGCUGCUGCCCUCGGGGGAGACCAUUUCGUGGCUGCUGCCCUCGGGGGAGACCCUCUCCUCGUCCGCAGAGCGGCUCUCGCUGCACCCCAACGGCUCUCUGUCCAUCGGGCAGGCCGGGCUGCCGGACGCCGGGCAGUACGUGUGCGCGGCUCGGAACCCGGGAGGGGCUGACACCAAACUCUACGAGCUGCGGGUGGCCCCCAAACCCCCCACCAUCAACGGUCUGCACGGCAACAGGACCGUGGUGAAGGUGACGGCCGUGAGGCACUCCAAGAAGCACAUCGAGUGCCGGGCGGAGGGGACGCCGCCGCCUCGGAUCGUGUGGGUCGUGCCCGAUAACAUUUUCCUGACGGCGCCCUAUUACGGCAGCAGGAUCGCCGUGCACCAAAACGGCACCCUGGAGAUCCGGAACGUCAGGCCCUCGGACGCGGCCGAGUUUGUSUGCGUGGCCCGGAACGAGGGCGGCGAGGCCGCGCUGGUGGUGCGGCUGGAGGUGACCGAGAUGCUGCGGCGACCCACCUUCAAAAACCCGCUCAACGAACGGAUCGUCGCGAAAGCCGGCAGAGCCGUCACGCUGAACUGCUCCGUGGAUGGAAACCCUCCCCCGGACGUCAGCUGGAUGCUGCCCAACGGCACCUGGCUUUCCAGCGGCACCAGGACACCCCGCUUUUCCACGGGAAGCGAUGGAACCCUGAGCAUCCCGAGCCCCGAGSGGCCGCACGCCGGGCGGUACCGCUGCGCUGCGCGGAACCAGGUGGGCUACAUCGAGAAGCUGCUGSUGCUGGAGGUGGCCCAGAAGCCCCGCAUCCUCACCGGACCCGCAGGGCUGCUGAAGGGGGUCAGCGGGGAGCCUCUGUCCCUGCACUGCGCGGCCGAGGGCAGCCCCAAGCCCCGSGUGGAGUGGACGCUGCCGGACGGGCGGGUGCUGCAGCGGCCGCAGCUCAGCGGGCGAUUUGUGCUGCUGGAAAACGGCACYCUGCUCAUCCGGGCAGCCUCGGCCCUGGACGCGGGGAGUUACCRGUGCAGGGCUCACAACGAUGCCGGUGUCGCCUCCCUCGCUGUCGCCGUGGCGGUGACAUCCCGCGCCCCGCGGAUCGUGGCCAGAGCCCCUCCGGCCAUCCGCACCGCGCCGGGGGCAGCGCUGCAGCUCCACUGCGUCGUGCUGGGCAUUCCCACUCCAGAAAUCACCUGGCGCCUGCCCGACGGCUCCGUGCUCUCCACAGCUCGCCGGGGAGCGGCGGGAGAGCUGCUCCAUCCCACGGGAACGCUGCUCCUGCGGAACCCCCGACCCUCCGAUUCGGGCCCCUACGAGUGCACGGCCAGCAGCCCCCUGGGCACGGACACCGCCGUCACCUACCUGCACGUCCUCUGAGCCCAAAACAGCRGGAAUUUGGCUGCAGCUGCGCUCAGGCCAUGAGUGCCCGAAAACACCGCCCUCGGUCCGCAGCGACGGGCAAAGGACGGAGGAAGGAACGGGGGGAUCAGCCCUGGCGUUACCCGCCAGCCGAACCGGCUCUCCCGCGUUCAGGGGAGUUGAAUAAACUCAAAGUUAAGGCACUUUAGCUCUGCAAAGCGACAGCAAACGCUGACUGUCAAAAACAAUGAUGGUUUCUGGAAAUGUUCCCGGACUGCUCUUGCACGGACAGAGUUUCU